CAAUAUUUCUAAUAAUCAAGUAUAAAAUAUAUACUUGUCUGUUGUCUGCAUUCCGUCUUCCCCUCCGUCUUCACCGAUCCAGCGAGUUAUUGCCCAACUGGUCAUCGGCCAUGGCUUCCAAGCGAAUCUUGAAGGAAUUGAAGGAUCUGCAGAAGGAUCCUCCGACAUCUUGCAGCGCAGGUCCUGUUGCCGAAGACAUGUUUCAUUGGCAAGCAACAAUUAUGGGUCCCCCUGAUAGUCCUUAUUCAGGAGGAAUUUUUCUAGUUAGCAUUCAUUUCCCUCCAGACUAUCCAUUCAAACCACCGAAGGUAGUGUUUAGAACUAAAGUCUUUCAUCCAAAUAUCAAUAGCAAUGGAAGCAUUUGUCUCGACAUUCUGAAGGAGCAGUGGAGCCCUGCAUUGACCAUAUCUAAGGUCCUGCUUUCGAUCUGUUCAUUGUUGACAGAUCCAAAUCCAGAAGAUCCGCUAGUUCCAGAAAUUGCUCACAUGUACAAGACGGAUAGGAAUAAAUAUGAGACAACUGCAAGGAGCUGGACUCAGAAAUAUGCCAUGGGUUAACCAAACAGACAAAAAAAAGGUUUGAUACCAUGCAAUCUCCAGUACCCUUUUUACCUCUCCCUUAUCUCUUAGUGUUGACUUCAUGAAGUCAUCAUACCUGAAACAAAAUAAUUACUGUUUUAAUUAUUUGAAUGGAAUCUGUUAUCCGAA